GUGACCGCUGCGCUGAACCUCACUAGUGGCUGUAGCUUCCUGGUUGAACCCUGCUGCUCUCUGAGCGGGAACUAAACACAAAAACAGUAAAAAUAAAGACGUUAAAACGCGACAAACAGCAGAGAUGGAGGAGGAAAACAUCUUCUACUUCGUGCCUAAUUUAAUUGGUUACGCCCGGGUGGUGUUAGCGCUGCUCUCCUUCUACCUGAUGCCUUGCUGUCCGUGGCCGGCCGUCUUCUGCUACCUGCUCAGCGCUCUGCUCGACGCCUUCGACGGUCACGCUGCCCGAGCGCUCAACCAGUCCACUAAAUUCGGAGCGAUGAUGGACAUGCUGACGGACCGCUGCGCCACCAUGUGUCUGCUGGUCAACCUGUCGCUGCUCUACCCUUCAUACACCUUCCUGUUCCAGAUCAGCAUGUGUGUGGACAUCGCCAGCCACUGGCUGCACCUGCACAGCUCCACCAUUAAAGGAUCGGCCAGUCACAAGACCAUCGACCUCUCCGGAAACCCGAUCCUCCGACUCUACUACACCUCAAAGCCGGUUCUGUUCGUCAUGUGUGCGGGGAACGAGCUGUUCUUCUGUCUGCUUUACCUGAUGCAUCACAUCCAGGAACCUGCAGCUUGGCUCUUCUGGC